AUGGCAAUUGAUUCGGAUAGUGUGGGGGUAUCCCACAUUGAAAAUGGAGUCGAUCAGGUGGCUAACAAGGACCCUGCCCCCACUGGCCCUGGCGAUGUCAUGUCGCUUGAUAAUGUUGAUCAGGCAUUGAGUGCAAAGAUGCAUUAUGUGAACAAUGCCAUUGACACGAUCGGCUUCACACAUUACCACACCAAAUUGUUCUUCCUCAAUGGAUUCGGAUACGGUGUCGACUCCCUUCUGCUUUUCUUAAUGAGCAUUUCAGCGGAACAAGUGGUAGGCCAAUACCCACCAAGAUUCACACGAGGAGCCCAGCUAGGGUUCUACCUGGCACUUCUAGUCGGCGCCUUGUUUUGGGGUAGUACAGCAGAUGUGAUCGGCCGGAAAUGGGCAUUCAACUUCUCAUUGCUGAUCAGUGCUGUAUUCUCAAUCGUGGCUGGCGCUGCUCCUAACUACCCUGUCUGGGCGUCUUUCGUGGCACUCUCAGCCUUCGGGUCUGGUGGAAACUUGGUCUUGGAUACUACUGUUUUCCUGGAAUAUCUCCCUUCGAACAAGCAAUGGCUUCUUACUCUUCUUGCUGGGUGGUGGGGAGUUGGGCAGACCACAGCUGGUCUGGUAGCUUGGGGCUUUAUGGCUAAUUACAGUUGCCCUACUGACGGCUCUGUUCCAUGCACCAAUGACAACAACAUGGGAUGGAGAUAUUUAUUCUAUACUUGCGGUGCACUAGUUUUUGUUUUGAGUGUGGCCCGAGUCCUAGUCAUUCGGUUCCAUGAGACUCCAAAAUUUCUUCUCUGUCAAGGAAAAGAUGAAGAUGUCAUCAGAACACUUCGCAAUCUCGCCGACCGGUACGAUCGGCCUUGCCAUUUGACAUUAGAUCAACUUCAAGCGUGCGGUCAGAUCCAAAGCGCGCACGCAAACAACAAAGCGUCCUUAUCCGAGGUCAUAGUCCACAUCAAGGGUCUGUUCGUAACCCGAACGAUGGCACUCUCUACAUCCCUGGUGUGGCUUUCAUGGGCUAUGAUUGGUCUUGGCUAUGCAUUGUACUAUGUCUACCUACCCGAAUACCUUGCAUCCCGAGAUGCAUCUACAGGGGAUUCAUCGAGCUAUAUCACCUGGAGAAACUAUGCGAUCACGAACCUGUGUGCUGUCCCAGGCCCGAUAAUUGCGAGCUACAUGUGCGAGAUGCGUCUAUUCGGUAGAAAGGGAACCAUGGCAUUUGGAGCAUUCUCCACCAUGGCAUUUUUCUUCGGUUAUACCUCCGUCCGCACAAUUGCCGAGAACUUGGGUUUCUCCUGUGCGAUCUCAGUCACCAUAAAUAUUUACUAUGCCACCUUAUACGCUUAUACCGUUGAGAUUUUACCUUCUGCUCAUCGCGGAACUGGUAAUGGCGUUGCCGUUGCGCUAAAUAGAUUGAUGGGAAUGGUUUCAGCGCUCAUUGGCGCCUUCACCUCUACUUCCAGCUCGGUUCCCAUCUAUGUUUGUGCGGGCUUGUUAGGUAUGUGUGGAAUUCUUGCCGUUCUGUUCCCGUUGGAAUCUCGUGGAAGACGGAGUAUUUAA